GGAAUUGUGAGGUGUUUAAGUUAAACGGCAAUUGAUACGUGUCAAUAUUAACAGAAGGCUAGUAUAGUGGAAACAAGCGUAGGCCGGGGUCUGGAGACCCGGGUUCUACCUGCAAUUCUGCAAACUGCGCCGCUCUGAGGAAGUCACUCGCCUUCUUGGGGUUGAACCAGAGGACUUCCCAGGGCUCUUGCUGCUCUAAAAGGUAAAGCUUUUUAAGAUAAUGGCAGGGGAUUGGCUGAGGACGAAGACUCCUCCUAUUGGGCCGCCUCUCUCCGGAGAGGCAUCCGGAACCUUUCUGCUGUGCUCUCUGCCCCCAUGUGCCGAAGCGGAGACCGGAAGUCCUGUGCCGGGAGGUUCCGGGUUUCCUGGGCUACGACGAUGGCGAUGAGUUUCGAGUGGCCGUGGCAGUAUCGCUUCCCGCCCUUCUUUACGUUACAGCCGAAUGUGGAUACUCGGCAGAAGCAGCUGGCCGCUUGGUGCUCUUUGGUCCUGUCCUUCUGCCGCCUGCACAAACAGUGCAGCAUGACGGUGAUGGAAGCUCAGGAGAGCCCGCUCUUCAACAACGUCAAGCUACAGCGAAAGCUACCUGUGGAGUCAAUCCAGAUUGUGUUAGAGGAACUAAGGAAGAAAGGCAACCUCGAGUGGUUGGAUAAGAACAAGUCUAGCUUCCUGAUCAUGUGGCGGAGGCCAGAAGAAUGGGGGAAACUCAUCUAUCAGUGGGAAAACAACCAGAAGGAGAGGUCACUCCUCAGAAACGUGAAGGUUUCCAGGAGUGGACAGAACAACUCCGUGUUCACCCUGUAUGAACUAACCAAUGGGGAAGACACAGAGGAUGAGGAGUUUCAUGGGCUGGAUGAGGCAACCCUACUGCGGGCCCUACAGGCCCUACAGCAGGAGCACAAGGCUGAGAUCAUCACCAUCAGCGAUGGCCGUGGCGUCAAGUUCUUCUAGCAGAGACCUGUUUCCCUUUACUUCUUACCUCCCACUUUUCCAGGGCUUUUCAAAAGGAGACAGACCCAGUGUCCCCACAGACUGGAUCUGUGACUCCAUCAGAUUCAAAUGGGCUCCAGUCCUGAAGGCUGGGACCCAGGGAUGGGUUUCUCACUUACCCCAUAUGUCUCUUCCCAGGGUAGGGUAAGGCUGAGGCACCAGGGAGAAAAAAUAUACUUCUUGCCCUACCUCCUCUCCCAUCCUAGACUGUCCCUGUGCCAGGGUCUGUAAACCCAACUCUUUACAUGUGUUCACACACGUAAGUACAUAUCCACAUAGGCCUGCACAAACUUCUGUCUUCUCCCCUUACCCCGUUAGCUGCUGUUGCCUCUCCUUUCAGGCUGGUGCUGGAUCCUUCCUAGGGGAUGCGGGCAAGCCCUGGCUGCAGGCAGCCUUCCAGGCAAUAUGAAGAUAGGAGGCCCGAGAAUGGGCCUGGCAGUGAGAGGCGGGCCCGACACUGAUUUAUGAUAUUAAAAUCUCAACUCCCA